AUGCCAUUUUCAAUUGAAAAUGGGACAACUGAUUACACUAAUAUUGUAAGUAUUGCAACAGCAUCUGUAUUAUGUUUUACAUGUAUCUGUGGUGUUCUCGGCAAUACAAUUGUAAUUGGUGUUGGUAUUUUAAAACGAAAAUAUCAAAAUAAUGUGACUAAUUGUUAUAUUAUAAAUUUAGCCAUAACAGAUCUUCUCUUUUUACUUGUUUCCGUACCAUUAACUACUUAUUUAUCUAUGCAAAAAGCAUGGAUAUUUGGAGAAUUUCUGUGUAAAAUACCUUUUUAUUUCGCAUAUGUUUUAUUACAAGCAACUUGUUAUACAUUAGCUGCUAUGAGUAUUGAUCGAUAUUUGACUAUAGUUCAUGAAGGAUGGUAUCGUCGAUAUCGAAAACCAAAGUAUGCUCUCAUUAUAUGUAUACUGAUUUGGACGGUUUCCAGUGUUUUUAUGUUUCCAUAUGAUUAUUUAUUACAUCGUGAUAACGAAACAAUUAAUCAAUCAUUAGUUAUACUUGAGUGUACUGUUAAUGAUAAUGCUUCUUUUUUAUCAUGUCUAUCUACAUUUGGAUUUUAUUAUGUAUUACCAUUGUUAAUUAUUAUUCUAUGUUAUUCUCGUGUUUCAUCAUACAUACGAUAUCAUGGUAUUAAAAUACUGACACAUCUUUCUGGUCGAACUUCUCAAGUAAUCUAUCUGAGAGGACGUCGUGUACAACGCAUGUUAUUAGGUUUGAUAUUGGCGUUUGCACUUUGUUGGUUACCAAUUCAUGUACUUGAAUUAUUAAAUUGUUCACAAAUUCUAUCAAAUACAAUCGAUUCCAAACAUAUACAUUUUUUAACAAUUAUUCGAAUUAUUGCACAUGGAUUAUCAUAUUUUAAUUCAUGUUUAAAUCCUUUUCUUUAUGCUAUUUUAAAUAAGAGUUAUUUUUCUAGUAGGUGA